AUGGGUUUUGGUCCUUUUGGAACACAAGAGGGACUGCGUUGUAAUAGCCGCAAAGGCGUUGGUAUUAGGGUUUUUGGAGAUUUAGGGGUGAGAGGUUUUCCAGGAGAGUCAGUCAACACAAUCAGCUUCUAUGGAUUCAUCUCUGAACUCCGCCGAGCUCCAGCACUUUAUCUCUACUUGCUGCCUUUCACUAAUAGUGUUAUCCUGAAUGACUCGUCACUGUGCAGCAAGAAAAGGAGAAGGCCAUGGUUAACGAAAUGGUGGCAAAGCUCACAACUGUAUGCUGGGAUAAAUGCAUCACUAGCACACCGGGCAGCAAGUUCAGCUCCAGCGAAUCAACUUGUCUUUCCAACUGUGCUCAGCGCUAUAUGGAUAUGAGCCUCAUAAUCAUGAAACGAUUUCAAUCAAUGCAGUGAAGGUUGCAGAGCAUCUACUGGAUUUUCAGUUAAUUUUUGGCUAUAUUUUGAUGGUGCCAUCAUAAGUUCAUUUUUGAAUUAAAUGUUUGUAUUUUCUGGAAUUAGCUGUAUUGGCAGUUUCAGUAAACUUCUGCAUUAGUUUCUCUCUUAUGAUGGUGAAUCAUGGAUGCUUUUGAUUCUACCUCAAAAUUUUAUUGUUAGGUCUUUUUAUAAUGGAAUAACUUUGUUGCCAAGAGAGAUAAACUUGAGAUAGCUAUAAAUCAAGAUUUCUCAUGAA